CUCUAAAAACGAAUGUUACCCGGGAAGAGAGGAACUGAGGGAGUAGAGUAUAUUAGUUCUCUCCCGAUCGGAAGGAAUUUCAGUUCAGUUCAGUUCAUUCAUAAUCCUAAAUCCUAAAUUAUUAUUAUUUACUUUAAUUAUGUUUUGACUAAUACUCCCAUCUUUGAAUUAAUUUAUUUAUUCCAUCAUUUUAGGUUGUCUAGAUUCAGUCAAAUUCAAAAAAGAUUAAAAAUUUAAGCGUUUCUAGAUUCAGUUUCCAAUUUACAAAUUCAUUUCAGUUAGGGUUUCUCACUCUAUAGUCUCUCACUAUUAGAGUAGAAACCCUUAGAUUCAUACAAAAAUUCCACCUUUUCUUCUUCUUCUUCUUCUUCUUCUCAACCCCAGCUUACAGAACCAAUCCAAUUCAUCAUUUUCACCCUAAAAAACAAGCAAAUGUUAUAAACUGGAGGUAUUACAAUGUUGGCUGUGAAUUUUAGUAUUGGAUUCCAUGUCUGCUGUUUUCUCCACUUAGCUCAAUGGCACCCUUUGGAAUAGCAGCUUGAUUAGGGUUUCAAGCUCACUUACUUACUACCUCUUAAAUCAGAUUUGCAAUUUUUUAUUUUGUCUGGAAGAUUUUUCAAUCAACUUAAGGUCUAAGUUCAAGAUGUUAGAUAAGACUCUUUCUUAUGUGAGAGAUAUUUUGACCUGUAACUGCUUCGGGUUUUUGAAGAAACGGAACCCUCGAAAGGUUACGCCUACCAUCUACAAUAGUAAUCUCUCUCAUGAGCUGUUGUUAGAUACUGAUUUUGAUGAUGAAGAUUCCUUCUUUAAUGAUGAGAUUAUUAACAACACUAGUGGAGAUGAUGAGGAGGAGCAAAGUCGUCCCAAGCGAUCGGAGGAAAUUUUGGUUUUUAGAGUAGAGAAUGGUAUGAUCUGUAGACAAUUUCCUGUUAAAGAAACUCACAAAAUUGAUCGCACAGAGGAUGAGAAUGGAAACAAGGCCGUAAAUGAGUAUGUUCGUGAGUAUAAGAUUGGUUCUGGUAGCUACGGGAAAGUGGUAAGCAUAGUAUUUAGUAUACUGUCUCUCAAGGAAAACAGUUUUCCUGACCCUCUUUCCAUGAAUGUUUGGCAGGCUCUUUAUCGAAGCUCCAUCGAUGGAAAACAUUAUGCAAUUAAGGCCUUUCAUAAGUCUCAUUUACUGAAGCUUCGAGUUGCACCCUCAGAAACGGCCAUGACUGAUGUUCUUCGUGAGGUUUUCAUUAUGAAAAUGCUGCAACAUCCUAAUAUAGUUAAUCUCAUUGAAGUGAUUGAUGACCCAGAAUCGGAUAAUUUCUACAUGGUACUUGAAUAUGUAGAAGACAAAUGGGUUUGCGAUGGUUCAGGUCGAGCUUGUAGCUUAGGUGAAGAGACUGCUAGGAGAUACUUGCGUGACAUAGUUUCUGGAUUAAUGUAUCUCCAUGCUCAUAAUAUAGUUCAUGGGGAUAUCAAACCUGACAAUCUGUUGAUUACUCGUCAUGGUACAGUGAAGAUAGGGGAUUUCAGUGUCAGCCAGGCUUUUGAGGAUGAUAAUGAUAUGCUUCGACGAUCACCUGGCACUCCUGUUUUCACUGCACCUGAAUGUAUUUUAGAUAUUACUUACAGUGGUAAAGCCGCUGACACAUGGGCUGUAGGAGUUACUUUAUACUGUAUGGUAUUGGGUGAUUACCCUUUUCUUGGUGACACACUUCAAGAUACAUAUGACAGAAUAGUCAAUACUCUGAUAGUACUCCCAAAUGAUCUGAAUCCGCGGUUGAAGAACUUGAUAGAAGGACUACUUUGCAAAGACCCAAGACAAAGGAUGACGUUGGCUGAUGUUGCGGCUGAUAGCUGGGUUAUUGGAAAAGAUGGGCCGAUUCCUGAGUACUUUUGUUGGUGCAAAAGGAAGAACUCGGAGAAGGAAGACAAUGAUGAGAGCACGCAGGAUGCUUCCCUUACCUAUACUGACUGAAUUUAUUCUUAGGUUACAUUUGUAUAUCUACAGUGGAAACCUCAGAUAUUGUUUUUGCCUUCUGACUGUACACCAGAAUGGUAUGAUUAUAGAGGUAGGCUUGAAAGAAUGUUAAUUUAUGCCUCAUGUUUGUAGGAAUGAUUAGAGGCUUGUGUUUAUUUUUGAAAAUGAUUUUAUGGCUGGAAACAUGUGAGGUUUUGUACUACACAACUACAAGCUUCUGCUUGUAGGCAUAUAGAUAGAUAGAUAGACAGAUAGAUACAUAAUCUAAAUCUAUACUCUAAUAUCAUGCGGGUUGUUUUGUUA